UCGGCCUUCGGACCGGAACUUUGGUGCUUGGGCGUAGAGGAGCACCCGGCUCCGGGAACCUUCUCAGCCGGAAGUGGGUCCUGAGUGCGUGGGGCGCAGGUUGGCGUGCGGAUCCCUCCACGGCGGUUGACAAGUCGGAGAAAAUCAGGAUGGACGCCGUAGCGACCGCAGCGGCGGCGAAAGAGCCCGAUGAGGGCUACACAGAGCCCAGACCUGGGCUCUGGGGCGAGCUGAGCUGGACACCAGUCCCUUCCAGACCCCAGGACAAGGUGGAAUCAGCUGAGGGAGUGCCAGAGGCCCUGGACAACAAUGCCCCCAGGGCUGAAGACGCAGCGGUGAGUGCCAUGCUGCACGCUGUGGCUGCCAGCCGCCUGCCUGUGUGCAGCCAGCAACAGGGCGAGCCUGAUCUGACAGAGCAGGAGAAGGUGGCCAUCCUGGGCCAGCUGUACCACGAGAAGCCACUGGUGUUCCUGGAGCGCUUCCGCACGGGCCUCCGAGAGGAGCACCUGGCCUGCUUCGGCCAUCUGCGUGGUGACCACCGUGCAGACUUCUACUGUGCUGAGGUGGCCCGGCGGGACACAGCCCGGCCCCGAACCCUGCGCACCCGCCUGCGUAACCGGCGCUACGCUGCCCUGCGAGAGCUGAUCCAAGGGGGCGAGUACUUCAGUGAUGAGCAGAUGCGGUUCCGGGCCCCACUGCUAUACGAGCAGUACAUUGGGCAGUACCUAACCCAGGAGGAGCUCAGCGCCAGGGCCCCGACCCAACCAUCCCCCAAGCCCGGCUGCCCUGGCACGCCCGCCUGCCCGCUCUCUGACCUGCUGCUCCAGUCCUACCAGGAGAGAGAGCUGCAGCAGCGGCUGCUCCAGCAGCAGGAGGAAGAGGAGGCCUGCUUGGAGGAGGAGGAAGAAGAGGAAGACAGUGAUGAGGAAGACCAGAGGUCAGGCAAAGAUUCAGAGGCCUGGGUCCCCGACUCGGAGGAGAGGCUUAUCCUGCGGGAGGAGUUCACCAGCCGGAUGCACCAGCACUUCCUGGAUGGCAAGGAUGGGGACUUCGACUACAGCACCGUGGAUGACAACCCGGACUUCGACAACCUGGACAUCGUCGCUCGGGACGAGGAGGAGAGGUACUUCGAUGAGGAGGAGCCCGAGGAUGCGCCCAGCCCAGAGCUGGAUGGGGACUGAUAGCUGCCACCCUCCGGCCGGCCACCUGCCCUGUCCCUUGUCCCAACAAGGCAGCUGAUCACAGGCUGGCUCAGUGACUCUUUCUCUAGGGGGACAUCCGGGCAGCACCUGCCCACGCCAGCCUCGCUGGCUCUCGUCUCAUCUCAGCUAACCCCCUCACCCCUGUCUCUGGGGUUCCCUACCUUUCUCCCUCUCUCCCCACUGUCCCCUGCCUCUGUCACUCUUGCCGUCUCUCUGGGUUUCUUCUGGGUCUCUCUGUCCACAUCUCACUGCCCUCCCCCCUACGCCCUCUGCUUUGGGCUUUGUGCCCACAGCAGGCCCUGCGUGGAUAGACCUAGCCGGGCUGGUUCCAGCUCAGGCCGGGCAACACCUGACCCCCAGCAGCGCUGCCUCUCGCCCCUUGCUCUGUGUCUUUCUCCACCUCUGUGUCUGGCCUGCCGUCCUGUGCUCAGGGCCUCCUCGCUUCUGUAUGUUCCCAUCUCUCUGUUGACCUCACUCUGGGCCUGCUGUUUUCCUGCCUGUACACUUCAGCUUCUCUCUCGGCCUCUGUGCUGUCACCGUCCCUCUCUGUCUCUCAGCCUUUAUCUCCCUGGGUUUCAGUGCCCCCACCCCGGCCCCACUCCACACCCUGGACUCCUUCUUCCCCCUCCCCCCAAGCCUGACUGCUGCGGA